ACAUAGCAUUUAGUAUCAAACUGAUAUUAAUUUGCGAAAAGGACAAAAAAUUCAUCACCUAGAAGCUCUUUUGAAUCAAAAUGGCGACUGGUACUGGCAAGGGAAAGAUGGUCACUGUGUUGAGCAUUGAUGGAGGUGGGAUUAGAGGGAUAAUUCCUGGCACCCUCCUCGGCUUUCUUGAAUCUAAGCUUCAGGAAUUGGACGGUCCCGAUGCAAGAAUUGCAGAUUAUUUCGACAUAGUUGCAGGAACAAGUACAGGUGGGCUGGUCACCGCCAUGCUUACAGCUCCCAACAAGGACAACCGUCCCAUGUACGCUGCGAAGGACAUCACCGGCUUCUACUUAGAGCACUGUCCUAAGAUUUUUCUUCAGAGCAGUUACAGCAAUUUUGUGAGUUCAAUGACGAACAUGAUCGGUGCCGUGAUGGGGCCGAAGUACGACGGGAAGUACCUCCGGUCAUUGAUAAACGGGCUACUUGGCAACUUAACCCUGAAAGAGACCCUAACAAACGUGAUCAUACCAACCUUCGAUAUCAACCUCCUUCAGCCAGUGAUCUUUAAUUCCAACGAUGCAAAACUGAAUGAUUUGAAGAACGCUAGGCUAGCAGAUGUUUGCAUCGGCACCUCUGCAGCCCCCACUUUUCUUCCAGCACACUACUUUGAGACGUCGACAAAGGAUGCUGAGGUAAACCCUCGCCGUUUCCAUCUCAUAGAUGGUGGGGUUGCUGCCAAUAAUCCUACUAUGAUGGCCAUAAGCCAGAUUUUGAAAGAAAUAUUGAUGCAAAACACUGACUCGGAGUCAAAUGACGACAUCAAACCAAUGGAGUACAGCAAGAGAAUGUUAGUUCUAUCGUUGGGCACUGGUGCGGCCAAGCAUGAAGGGAAGUAUACAGCAGCCAAGGCCUCCACAUGGGGUUUGCUUAAUUGGCUGUAUGACUUUGGUGCCACUCCCUUGCUUGAUGUAUAUGGCGAUGCAAGUAGUGAUAUGGUUGACUUUCACGUCUCCACCCUCUUCCAAGCCCUCGAUCGCAAGAACAGCUACCUUCGUAUUCAGGUUGACAAUUUGACGGGAGAAGCGGCGUCUGUUGACAUUGCAACCACGGAGAAUCUGCAAAAGCUUGUGGAGAUUGCGAAGGAGCUAUUGAAGAAGCCAGUGUCAAGAGUGAAUUUGGACACCGGCAAGUUUGAGGAAAUUAAGGACGGGGGAACGACUAAUGAAGAAGCGCUUGCUUCCUUCGCCGAGCUACUUGUGGAGGAAAGGAAGCUCAGGCAAAACUAGUGAAAGUACGUCCCCGAAGAAUAUGACUCUGUUGUCGUGGAUAGAUAUAAAGCUCUCACAAUAAUGUCUUAUCUUUUUCCAAUAAAGAGAGGAAAAACAAAGGGAAUGCAAAA